AGAUCACCUCUUGCCAUCAGUCUUCUUCUAUCCAUCCUAUUGUGCACGUCCUACUGUUUGUCUGCCCCCCUUCGCGCAACAAUGACCGCAUCGUUCAAUCCCGAAACAAAGAUAUGGAGCGGCCCGUUUCAACCCCCGAUUCUGAACCCGGAGGCCAACUUUGGCCAGUCCGUGCUGGCCGUGAUGAAUCUCAACCCGACAAAGGUCAUCCAAAUCGACGCCGACACGGGACACUCGAUGACCAACGGCGAGAUGCGACUUCGGGCGAUCCGCGCGGCGCAGAAUCUAGCGGAACUUGGCCUCCGGAGGGGUGACAUGGUGGCUAUGGCCUGCGCCAACAGCGAUGGAGUUGCGCCGAUGAUGCUGGGACUGCUGUUCAACGGACUGCCGGUGCACAUGUUGGCCCCGAACUACGGCGUGGAUGAUUUGCGACACAUGAUGGGGAUUACCCAGCCGAAGUUGAUCUUCUGCGACGAGAGCAAUUAUGAUAGCGUAGUGGAAGCAGCUGAGCUAGCUGUAGUGGAUAAGCCUUUGGUGUACGCUUUCGAGUGUGAUUUGGGAGGGGUCAAGAAGGCGGAAGAACUUUUCAAGGAAACAAAGCGUGAGGUCGAGUUCAGCCCUCCAUACCUGGGAGAUUCCAGCAAGCUGCUAGGUAUCGUUCUGUGCUCCUCGGGGACAACAGGUCUCCCAAAAGCCGUUUGUCUGUCCCAUGCCCACCUGAUCGCCAACUUCGGAAUAUCGAUCGGAUCGUUAGGUCUCGAGGUGAUCUUCAACUUUAGUCCACUGUUUUGGGCGUCCGGGCUUCACACCCUGAUGACGUCCCUGUACAACGGCACAACACGGCUGAUAACCCGCAAACCCUUCGGUGAAGAUCUAUGCUUCGACCUGCUGGAGCAAUUCCACGUGGAUGGCAUCUUCACGCCACCUUCCUGUGCCCACCUGCUGCUGCAGCAUCCUCGUAUCGCUGACGUCUGCUGGGCAAACAUCAAGCUGUGGUCAUUCGGAGGUAGUCCGCUAUCGGAUAGGAUUCGGGACUCAAUAGCAGCACUACUACCCAGCGGGAAGACGGUCAACGGAUACGGUUGCUCCGAGAUCGGUAGCUUCACGUUUGACGCUGAAAAGCAAAAGCCGAAUUCCGUCGGCGUCCUAAUGCCGAACAUCCGCGCGAAAAUCAUCGAUGACAACGGCAACGCCCUCGGUAAAGGAUCUCACGGAGAGCUGCUGGUCAAGUUCUCCGGGAAGUUUCUCGGAUAUUACAACGACCCGGAAGCCACCGCCCAGUGUUUCGGUGAAGAUGGUUGGUUCAAAACCGGAGACGUUGCGUAUUUCGAUGAGGAGGGAUUCCUGUUUCUGGUUGACCGGAAGAAGGAUUUGUUAAAGUACCGUGGUCACCAGAUUGCUCCAAGGGACCUGGAGGCGAUCGUUGAAAAGAUUCCUGGAGUUGGACAAGUUUGUGUGGUCGGAAUUCCGGAUGCGGAUGGUGCCUCGGACUUGGCUACAGCAGUGAUUGUCAAGGGGAAGGACGCUUGCCUUAGUGAGCAGGAUGUUCUAAAGGAGGUGAAUGAAACUGUCGCCGACUACAAGAAACUACGAGGUGGUGUGGUUUUCGUUGAUGAAUUUCCGAUGACGGUUACGGGAAAACCGAUGAGAAGAAUGUUACGUGAUGUGGUUUUAAAAAUGGUGAACAAAUAUCAAUAGUUUAAAUAGAUUUAUUAAAGAUUUCAACUUAUAAAUAUUUGAAAAAAAA